AAUGCAAUGAUAUUGUCGGAAAAAAGAUCAACAACAUGACAAACUUACAGAGAUUGCAUUUUAUAUUGGGGAGAUGUAUUUUUCGUGGAAGAAACUCAAGGGAAGUUGAAAGACUGCGCAUUAAAUGCAGGACUUAUUUUCAUUCUCAGGGAGCUGGACCAGCAAAAACACCCAAGGACAGACUGUCUGCUAGAAAUUUGACAUACAAAUAUUUAUCAGCUUCAUUGCUAUCAAUUUGUGCCACAUAUUAUUUAUUUAGAAAAUAUGAAGAUAGUGAAGAGUUGACUAAUUACUGGAAUGACCUCAAAACUGCAUUUAAAAAUGCGUAUGUAGUGAGAGCAGAUGGUCCUAGUGGAGGGAUGAGGUCCCAGUUUAAUUUUAUUGCAGACAUUGUGGAGCAAGCUCAACCUGCUGUUGUCUUCAUUGAAGUUGUCAAAGGAAGGGGUUUUCGGCAGAUGAGUUCCAGUGGCUCUGGUUUUAUUGUUCGGUCUGAUGGUUUAAUCCUGACCAAUGCUCAUGUUGUGGCAGGUGCUUCCCAUGUGCAUGUUUACCUUAACGAUAACAAGAAAGUUCAGGGAGUAGUGCAGGCUGUGGACCAAGUCUGUGACCUUGCUACAGUCAAAGUUCAAGCGAGAAACCUACCCACCCUUCCUCUGGGUAAGAGCACUGCAGUGAGACCGGGGGAGUGGGUCGUGGCCCUGGGGAGUCCUUUUAAUCUCCAGAAGACUGUCACUGCAGGGGUUGUCAGUAAUCCAGGGAGGGAGACCAUGGGGAAUCUGACCAAAAGUCCCCCCAUGAUACAACACGAUGCGGUCAUCAAUGUUGGUAAUUCUGGUGGCCCACUUAUAAAUUUGGAUGGUGAAGCUAUUGGAAUCAACACCAUGACCUUGACCUCUGGGAUCUCAUUUGCUCUACCUGCAGAUCUGGCUGUGGACUUCCUAAACAGAGCUAAGAAAAUUGAGGGAAGGUUUCCGUCAUCACCUCCCGCUAAGAGGACGUAUGUUGGACUUAGUGUUAUAUCCUUGACCCCUGACCUCCAGAUGAACCUUCGAAAGAGAGUGCCAAAUUUUCCCACUAAUGUGGAGCAGGGCAUCUUGAUUGUAUCUGUAAUUUCAGGCUCACCAGCCCAGAGUGCUGGACUACUGCCAACAGAUGUUAUAACCCACAUUAACAGAAAGCCAGUGACCUCAACCUCAGACUAUUUCAAGGCCAUUGAGACGGGUCAAGAGCUGACCUUCCAGAUAGCACGUGGCAAUGCUUCAUUCACUGUCACUGUUACACCAGAGGAAGUGGAUUGAUGUGUUUAAACUUUAAAUUUGUUUUAUAUAUGUUUUAUACUAUUAGAUGUGUAUUUUUAUCAAAU